CCAUCCUUACAAAAAUGGAGACGAAUACUGAAGUAACCCUGGCCAUUGUAUUGCUGGUUUUAAUACAAGGUGUUCUGGUCUCUGGUGCUGUGGAGGUCCGGCCCUCCAUCAACCCUGCUGUAGUCGGGACCUCUGUGACGCUGUCUCUGUUUCCUUCGACCGCUCUGAAAAGUGGAAGCUGGGCAGUGGGAGAGUCCCUCAUCCUCACCUGGCUGGGAGACCAGCAGGCAGUCUUCCCCAGUUACAGCGGCAGGGCAUCAGUCAACAUCCUCACUGGAGCUCUCAGCCUGAGCUCCGUCACGGUGGCAGACUCGGGAGUCUACGUGGUGCAGAGCAGUGAAAUCCAGCUUAAGGCCAAUGCUUCCAUCACUGUUCUAGAGCCCAUCUCAAAUGUGACCGUGAGAGCCAAUCAAACUGAACUGAUGGAGUUCAACAGUUCAGCCGUCGCUACCUGCUCCGUCUCUUCUGGAUCCUCUCUCUCUUUCCUCUGGAUGAACGGCAGCUCUGAGGUUACAGCCAGUAACAGAGUUAAACUCACUGAUAGAAACUCCACUCUCACAAUAGUUAAUGUGACCCGCUACGACCAGGGACCGUUCAGGUGUUGUGUGUCUAAUCCUGUCAGUAAUGGAACCAGUAAUCCAGUAAACUUUACUAUCAGCUAUGGUCCAGAUAACAUGGCGCUAACCGUGAACGGACAGAACACCACUUCCUUUCUCAUUGGUUCCAAUCUAACGAUGCUCUGUUCAGUACAGUCCAAUCCUCCAGUUCAGCUUAGAUGGGCUUUCAGAGGAGAGCGUGUGAACACUACGGGUCCAUUGUUGCAGCUGUUCAAUGUCAGCGAGAACCGAAGCGGAGCAUAUUCCUGUCUGGCCUUCAACAAUCACACCAACAUGAACAGCAAUAUCACCGCACACAUCAAGAUAGCAAAGCCUUCGCUGUCAGGAUCUGAACCACAGGCAGUCAAUGUGUGGCUCUUGCCGCUGCUACUAGUUGUUGCAUCUCUUUUUUCACUGUCAGGCAAGUUGUAGAAUAAUUGUAAUAAUUGUCUUGUAAAUAAAUUAUACUUUUUGUCAUUCAUACACUUGGAUUGACAAUAAAUUCUAGUUUCCAUCACAUUUCUCUCUUUUAAAAAGAAAAAAAAGCUAUAUUAUCCCUUCAAAAUGGAGACAUUUCUACAUUAUUCAGACCACCCGAAGUCUUGAACAUGAAAUACAGUAAUGUGUUAAAAAGUUAGACUUGUGCAGCAGGUCGCAGAUUAUUAGGUCAUAUCUGCUUCCUGUUCAGACAUAACUGGCAUGAAUGAUUGAACAGACUGCAACUUGUGAUUAUUUUCAUUAUUGAUUACUUAUUUUAUCAAUUAAUAGUUUAGUCUAUGACGAGAAUAUGCCUGGAAAAAGUUCCCAUCAUUAUCUUGUAAUGCCUAAAUUGAAAGAUUCAAAGAGCAUGGCUAUUUAAUCCACUAACGUUGAGGGCUAAUAAUACAGCAAAAUAAAUCUGAUUUGAAAAGAUGUAACUAGUGCAUUUGUUUUGGUCAAUUAACCAGUUCCAAUAAAGGGUGACUCUGUUCUAGACAGUGUCUCCUAAUUAUGUUUAUACACAACUAAUUUGUUUUGCCAAACACAUUUUGAAGUAAAAUUAAUGUAGUUUCAGUUUACACUCAUGGUACUUAAAUUAGAGACUAAGAUGCAGAAAUAUUUUCGACUGCAGUGGUAUUGAAUGAAAAAAACAAAACAUUGUGAUGUAACUAAUAUAACUUGAAUAACUGCCUCUCUUUCACAGAUGUUGCUGGCUUAUGAAUGACUGAUGUGACACUGUAAACCUUUAAUACAGCAUUCAAACUUCUGUAUCUUGAAAUGUUUUUUUUCUUGAUUCAGCGAUUGAAUUAUGAAAAGAUAAUUAUUAUUACCAAAUUUGGUUAUCAUUACUCAUGUCAAAUAUAUUUCUUUGACCUUGCAUGUUGUAAUAUAUUCACUAAUCAAAAAAUUCUGGUUGAUAAGGAGUACUUAAAGAGAG